UGUUGCUUGCUAUAUUCUGGUCUGUUACUGUUACAUUUUGAUUUUUGAGAAUACCUAGAUAUUCAUAGGCUGCUCUGUUUUCAGAUAAUAUGUGAGUCCACAAACUUGUAAUUCAGACUUCCCUUCAGUCAAGUGAAGAACAUUAAAGGAAAGAGCCAUAUAAACCAUAUUGCAUCUGGUCCUCGUAGGGAGAGAAUAAAGUCUCUUUGAAAUUGUGUAACUCUGAAUGAUCACUUCUACUUAAAACUCACUUCUUUUUAUCUUAAUGCCAGUUUGCAUUAGAAUGGCAGUUAAAGCCACACUAAACACCUCACGUCUAAUUUUUCUUAGCAACUAAACAUGCUACUGUUGCAGCAAAGAGAUAAAAUGUCAUGCCAAGCACCAUGGCUCUCAUGUGCUCCUUGAACAGUCCUUGGCCAAGAAUGUACCCAGGAGCCAAGUCUUUGAUGCUUAAUAUCUAAUUAAUUAAAUAAGCGCACAAUUUACAACAUGCUACUGAAUGCAAUACAGACUGAUAAUCCAUGGGUGUUGAACUUACUAUAAAACAAGUGAAAACAAGUAUAAUAGAUUAUUUUUGUAGAGUAAUGCUAUCUAGUUUAACUGUGUCUUUAGUAAGGAUAAUAAUGUGUGUUUUCCCUUACUCACUGGGAAUAGUUCAUACAUACCAGUUGCUACUUCAACAUGGCCGUUUUUAUCAAACGUUGCAAUGUAGUUUGUGUAACUUCCAGUCUUUCUCACUCUGAAACAUUCACUUAAUGAAGCUGGAGCUUUUCAUGCUGCUUUCUGCCUUGAAGCUGGCUUGGUUUUGCCUCAGAAGUCUGAAAAAAUGUUCCUUCAUGUAUUUCUGCACUGUGAGACCAGAACAAUGUACACGGUUUCACUCAAUACACUUAUAUACACACCUAUACUCAAUGCAAUAGGUUUUGGACCUCAGAUUUAACCAUGUGAACUAUCAUGACUAUUCAAGCUUAGUACAGCAUGUACUUGGCAUAGAAGCUUGAAGCAAAACCAACCCACACAAGCAAACUGCCUUUUGAGCUGCACCUUUUGGGAAAUGAACACGGGUGUUUUUGUUUUGGUUUUCACUAGUUUCCCAAGGAAGCAAGGCUUACACACUCAUCCUCUGUAUAUUUGUGUUUCAAUUUACUAAUUGCAGUCAAAUUCGACAGAGAGCAAGAGGCAUUAAGAAAUGGAUUUUUCAUUAAGCUUGUGCAAAAAAGGUGUGAUUAGAGAAAGAUAAAUUCUUAAUCCCAUAAUUUCAGGAAGAGGUACAGCAUGAGCUCAGGUCUUGUUGGACAUCAGAGAAUCCACAGAGGGAGAAGUCGUUCUACAUAAUCUACCCACCAGAAGUGCUUUAGUCAUAGCUCACACUUUACUACACCCUACAGGAUUAAUUCCUCAAUGAAGAUUCUUCUCAGACAUGAAUAUGCAGGUAUCUAGUAAGGUACAAAUUCAAAUCCCACAUGAUUAGAGCUUUUACAACAGGUCUGUGUGUCUUUCCCUCACUCCUUUUCAUUUCUAUUCAGUUUAAAGACCAGUCAUAGGAUCCCUGAUGGAUGACUGAAACACAAAAUUCUGCUCUUAAUACACAUUUAAGAUAUAUAGACUGUGAAACUUGGCAGUGGUUUAAGUUCUUCCCAACUUUGAGCAGCUGGCGAUUAACUGGAGAUUUUUACAUGUGAAGGGGCAUAGUGUGGAAGUUCCUCAGUGGAUAAAGGAAAGUAUGACCAUGGGUGGAAAUGCAAUGCUUCACGUUUUGUUUUAAAUUUAUUGCCCACAGUAGCGACAUAAACACUAAAUGGAAGCAAAUUGGCAAUUGCCCCUUCAGGACUUGAGACCAUUGUGAAACUGGAGGAUAUGCAAACUCAUUAUUGGAUCUGGAAGAAAACCCUGCCUUCUGGAAAGGAUAAGGAGAGAUGCAUGAAAGAACUGGAACCGUGGAUUAAAGGUUGAUGACUUCUGCACCUCCUUCUUCUGGAGUGUCUUGGACCGUUGGUUGGAGCACGGUUCAAAUAACGUCAGGGUCACAGGUUUGAUCCCCAUGUGGGCUAUUCAUUAAGAGCUGGACUGGAUGAUCCCCGUGGGUCCUUUCCAACUCAAAAUAUUCUGUGACUCUGUAAGUACAAGAACAUGUGAACUAUUUUAACACAGGUAAUUCUGCAUGUAUGUAACAAAACCGCUACAAUGCCUUUCCUGUUUUAUCAACCAAGCAUCAAAAAAGAUGGAUGUUGGCCGUGGCAUAAACCAGGCUGUCGACACGGGAGGGGUUUAUAUCCAGCUGUUCCGGCCCGGCUGUGCAUCUUCCCUUUGAAUCCCGCAGCACACCUCGGGUGUUGGCGACUCCCUGGGCAGGUUGUCCCGAACGCCCCCUCAGGCCCCAGGCUGGACCCGCAGCGCCCGCCCCGCGCGCCGUCGCACGUGCCGGGCCCAACGGCCCCGCCUCUCGCGGCCGCACGCGCGCGGGCAGCCGUUUGGCCGCGAGGGGGCCGUGAGGGCGCUGAGGGGGCCGUGAGGGCGGCUAGAGCCUCAUCGGAGCGCUGGGCUGGGACACCGCCCCCUGUCCUACGUCUGCUUGCCGGCCGUUUUUUCUCUCUCUCUGCUUAAAUUUACGGCAUUUAUAAUCCGGUUUAUUUAAUUGUGUCAGUUUAAAAUCUGUCCUGACAAAGCACAAGGUGCUCUGGUCGUGUUGUGAAGUAAUAGAACCUUAGGGGUUUUAUCUUUUAAAUGCAAACUUAGAUAGUUAACUUGAGGGAAUGGACAAGCUAAAAAAAAGUGGGAUCAUUUUAGGUUAAAAUAUUUCGCCUCUGUGUUAAUGUUUCAAUGUGUUGAUUUAUUCAUUAACCUGUUUUAAUUAUUUGAACAAAGGUAAAGACUGAAGUAAUUUUUUUCGAUUUCAGACCUUAUAUCCUUGUAAGAGAUAAUGAAACCUAAUUUUAAGAAGUGUGAGAAAGAUAACUUAUUUAUUUAUUUGGGCAUUCCCCUUGACUAUGUACAGGUUCAUUUUGAUGAUGGAUAAAGAAGCAACUGCUAAAUUGCCAUCUGCCAUGUUCACCUUGAAUGCUAUUAAAGGGCGUAGGAAAAAGAGGGAUGGAACAUUACAAGCUGCAAAAUUGAAUGCUUCUUUAGCUUCUAAAAUCAAAACUAAGUUGAUGAAUAACUCAUCUAUGUUGAAAGUAUCUUUACAACAAAAUAACAGAGCAUUAGCCGUGGCUUUAAGUGUUGAGAAAGAAAAUUCUCGCAGGCUAAAGAAUGAGAGGAUUUGUCUUCAGAAGGAAGUAGAAAAACUGCAGCUUCAUAAUAUCUUGCUUCGUCAAAAACUAAACGGUUUGAAUAAAACUCUUAUUGGAAUAGAAGCAUUUUUGAAUGAUCACCUUUUAACUGCAAUAGAAAUAAGCAGUCCUUCUGAGAAUCUGCAGAGUUCCUUUCCUCUGUCAGCUGAUCCAAGUAGCCCUACUGAUGACCAGUUCAAGAGUGCACGUCAGUCAGCAAGAUCUGUAGAAUUGCCAGUGAGGCUUCCUUUAAUUGAAACAGCUAAUGCAAAACAGCAAGGUAGCCCUUCUCUGGGUGAAAUACUGAAUUCCUACAAGUGUACCGCUAAUUUGUCAGAGGAAGUGCAUUCAGAUCAACUCAAGUUUGCAUCAUCGUUGCCUUCUGGUACAAAUAAUCAAAAGUUAAUUGAAACAGAUCCAGUGGAAACAGCUGUUGACAAGAAUAAAUUUUUUAAAGAAAAUCAACUAUGCACAGAAUUAAGUUGCAAUAGUGCCCUUGUGACUCAUGUCAGAAAUACACGAUCCUUAGGACAGUCUGAGGAGCUUACAGAACAGCAUCAGGGUAGUUCAUUGCCAUCCUGUGGAAAUGUGACGGAAAGAAAGAAACAUGCAGUGCUUCAUAAGUCAAAAACUCAAACUAAUAUAAAGGAUUUUGAUAAAAAAUGUGGGUCAUUGAAUCUGCCUAAACAGGGUAUCAACAGUGGCAGCAACCCCAAUGAUACAAAUUUGCAGGAAGGUUCAAAUGACUUGUGUCACAUGAUUCCCUCACCUCUUAAAUAUAGCAAUGAAAGUAAGACAGAUUUUAAGAAGCUGCUGAAGCCUGAAGAAACACUUUAUGAUGCUGAUAUGGAGUUGACUGCCAGUGAUGCUGGUGAACUACUCACAGUUACAGCAAAAGACAAUUAUAAAUUGCACCAAAAUAAAAUUAGUAAUGCCAAUUCUGACAAAAUAUUAGCAAAGUUCAGAAAGGUAAAAUAUUCUAAGAAGGAUAAAGAAAAAAUCAAAAGCAAGACUGAAGUUGAUUCAAAUUUAUGUGCAGAAGAAAGGCACGCUGGGGCUGACAAUAGUGAAACCUCAAAAACUACUGACUCAGAAAUUCAACUAUUCCAAAGUCAGACAGAACAGCUACCUACAGGAGAUUCUGCAGAGGAACAGUGUAAAACAAGUAAAGCUAAAGAUAGGAGGAGGAUAUACCGGGUUAACGUAGUGAGUCCAAGAAAACAGGAGACAAAUGAAGAAACUUUCUCAGAAACGUCUGGAGACAUGGAAAGCAAAAUUCAAAAGGCAAACUCAAGCUCGCCUCUUAACAAGAUCCCACCAGAAGUUUAUUGUACUGAAAAUUUGCUAUCCCAAGAUAAUAAUUCUAAGGUGUUUCCUUUACAGGGUGACUUUCUAAAUACAAAUGAGAAAGAUAGCAGACCAACAAAAAAUAGGAAAAUUUUUCAAAACCCUUCCAAAGCAAACACAGCAAAAUCCUGUGGAGGGGAAAAUGGCCAGGAUGAAGAAUAUAUUUCAAAAAAAUCUCAAACAGAGAUAUACCAACUUGACAGCAAGACAAAACAAAACCAUAAAAAUAUUAUAAAGAGAAAAGACAAUAAAAAAAGUAGUUACAGGCAAAGUAGAGAAAGUGCAAAUGACAGCAUUCAUAAAAUUAGUCAGAAAGUAGGCCAAAAGAGCAGCCCUUGUUCACCAGGCAGAUUAAAACGUACAUUGGCAAAGGCUGGCCGGAAAACAUACAUAAUACCAAAGGGAAACCUUACACUGUUCUCAGCUUGUAAAAAUCAAGAAUUAAAAAAUAAGGAUUCAUUGCAUGCAGAGGCUGGAAAUAAAGUAACAGAAACUCAGCAAACACAAGUAGCUUUAGUUACUCAGGAUGGUGGAGCUCUGAAUACACCACAAGCUAAAGAACAAGUUGAUGAUGAUGCUAACAUGUUAAAGAAAGCAGAUUUCUCAGCAGUGGCAACUAAACCCCUCCCCAUUAGUAAUUCUUCUGGUAAUCAGGUAAAGCAGAAACAGAGAUUUAGUUCUGAUAAUACUGAGACCAGACAAGAAAAAAGUUAUUUCAGGCCUACUGAUCUGGGCAGGCAGAAUACUUUGGAUGAUCAGGAAGUCCCUCAUGAAAUAGGUUCCUUUAUGAGUAAAUUAAAGCCUAUUAUUCAAGUUGAAUGUUCUAAGAAUAUGUCAUUAAAUGUAGAUAGCUUUUCCCAGGAAGGUCUUUCCAAUGUGUGGCUCCCAGCUCUUGAUAACCAAAAUGCUUCUGUCAACUUCUCCAUCCUGAAAGACUCUGAAAUCCAUGGGGAAAAUGAUCAUAAUGAAGUACUGAAUGCUGAAAAAGCAGAACAAAAUCUGGACCAUAUUUCUAAAGAGAGUUACAAAAAUGUUCUGACACCUUGUCAUGGGAGAAAGGCUUUCCAAGAUCUGACAAAUACUGGUAUACAAUCUCACGCUUUUGUACCUAAAUCCCCCAAAACUUUGGAAGAAAACUCAGCAGCACCAUCCAGACGAGGAAGACCCACUAUUUGCUACAAAGAACCCAGUCUACACAGCAAAUUAAGGCGUGGGGAUCGGUUUACAGAUACGCAAUUUCUGUGUUCCCCAGUCCGUAAAGUAAAAAAUAAAACAAGUUUUAAAAGUAAAUCAAAAUUUAUUUGAAGAAGACAAAAGAAUUGCCUUUAUGAACAAUACUUCUAAAAUGGGUACAAUUGUUUAUGUGUGUAUAUAUAUGUUUAGCAAUAUAGAGUGCUUAUUGUUCUUUGAUUAGUAAAGUUCUUCCAAAGUGAAAUUUUCUGAAAAAGAGCCUCUGAAAAAGGGCACAGAAUACUUCACUGAGGAAGGCAUAUACAUGUUAGGUUCCACUCAUGUUUUGCAUUUCUGGUCAGUAAUUUAUAAUUUCUUCAAAGUGUUUGCAGCACUUCUUAAAUUGUAAGAAAAGUGUAUGUUUUAAUGUAAAUUGAAAAUAAACUAGCUUUGGGAAUUUUAA